UAGGUGGGCGAAGGUGGUCGGCAGCCGCGGGCCAGCUCCUCCGGCUCCUCCGUAGCCGCGCCGCUCGCGGCCGGCAGGGUUCGCUCUCCGCGGAACCUGUCCUGUUCCCGGCCGGCCAGCGCCUGCGCCUGCGCGGGGCUUCCGCCGCUCGGAAAAGGGAGAGAGCUGUCCCACUGCUGCGCGCGGGGACUAAGAUGGCAGCGGCGGCCCGGCUGGGCUGGGGAGCUGCGGCUGCUGCUGCGGGGCUGCGUAGGCGAUUCUGUCCUAUGAUGAAUCCAUACACCGUUAAGAAACAGCUUCUGCAUCAUUUUGUACAAAGACCACUUUUCCAACUGCCUGCAACCUUAUGUAACACAGUGAGACACAUGUUUAUUCAAACACAAGAUACCCCCAAUCCCAACAGUUUAAAGUUUAUUCCAGGAAAACCAGUUCUUGAGACAAGGACCAUGGAUUUUCCCACACCAGCUGCAGCAUUUCGCUCCCCUCUGGCUAGGCAGUUAUUUAGAAUUGAAGGAGUAAAAAGUGUCUUUUUUGGACCAGAUUUCAUCACUGUUACAAAGGAAAGUGAAGAGUUAGACUGGAAUUUACUGAAACCAGAUAUUUAUGCAACAAUCAUGGAUUUCUUUGCUUCUGGCUUACCCUUAGUUACUGAGGAAACAUCUUCAGGAGAAGCAGGAUCUGAAGAAGAUGAUGAAGUUGUGGCAAUGAUUAAGGAAUUGUUAGAUACUAGAAUACGGCCAACCGUUCAGGAAGAUGGAGGAGACGUUAUCUAUAAAGGCUUUGAAGAUGGCAUUGUACAGCUGAAACUCCAAGGUUCUUGCACCAGCUGCCCCAGUUCAAUCAUUACUCUGAAAAAUGGAAUUCAGAACAUGCUGCAGUUUUAUAUUCCAGAAGUAGAGGGUGUAGAACAGGUUAUGGAUGAUGAAUCAGAUGAAAAAGAAGCAAACUCACCUUAAAAUAAUUAGAAUUUUCUUUGGGCCCAGCAGUUGGACUUAUUGAUAAUAUAUACCAAGCUUUUAUUGUUAAUCUGCUAAGGAACUUGAGGAUUAAUAAAAUAUGCCCCCUUUUCAGAGACUGAUACAUAAAUAUUGCAAUGUUUGCUUUACCUCAUAUGAGUUAUUUAUAACAUCCUGAAUCAUCUUCUGUACACGUGGAUUUUAUCCAGGGAUAUUUUAAUGUUUGUUCUUUAUUUCUCAUGGUUCCUUCUUUGCAUAAUAUGUGAAGCCGUUCAUUUUCCCUCAUUUAAUUUAUUUACUUUUUUUUUUAUACAGAAGUAAGUAAGGAGAAUGCUUAUAAAAAUACUCUAAAAUGGCUUAGAUUUUUGUGAAAUAUUUGAAACUAUCUUUACUGGAUUUUUAUCUUGUUAAAAAAAAUACUAAACAAU